UAGGAACAAAGCAACCUUUUUUUAAAAAAACAUAAAAUGAAAGAAAGAGACAUGAAACGGGUAAAAAACAGAGGAAGAAAAAUUGAAGCGGUGUCGUCUGUGGCGUGGGAGCAGACGGCAUAGCGUAUCUUGAUUGAGAAACAAUCACCCCACGUUCAUUCCCACCCUAACGUCAAUCUGCAAAGUUUCCUCUUUUCAUCUUUGUUUUGUUUUUCAUCCAUGGAGGUGCCCACUUCAUGGGAUUCGCUUCGCAAACAGGCAAGAAAACUUGAAGCUCAGUUGGAUGAGCAAAUGAAUUCAUAUCGUAAAUUGGUAUCAGCAAAAGUUUCUACAAAAGGUGAUGAUACAGAGAGUGAUCUGGUGUCCUGGAUUGAGCGCUUACUGAACCAACUUCAACAAGUAAACUCACAGAUGCAAGCUUGGGUGUCCUCUGGUGGAUCAGAAAUGGUUUCUCAUACUCUGACUAGACACCAAGAAAUUCUUCAAGAUCUCACCCAGGAGUUUUAUCGUCUCCGGUCUAGUCUAAGAGCUAAGCAUGAACAUGCAUCACUACUCGAUGAUUUUAAAGAGUUUGAUAGGACAGGGUUAGAUUUGGAAGAGGGUGCAGGUUCUGAACAGCAAACCCUCCUAAGAGAGUAUGCAUCUAUCAGCCGAAGUACAGGACAGAUGGACAAUGUUAUUUCACAAGCACAAGCAACACUCGGUUCACUAGUCUUCCAGCGAUCAACUUUUGGUGGGAUCAAUUCAAAGCUCAGCAAUGUGAGCAGCCGCCUCCCAACGGUAAAUAACAUUCUGUCUUCAAUAAAGCGAAAAAAGUCGAUGGAUACUAUUAUACUUUCCCUUGUUGGGUCCAUAUGCAUAUUUCUUAUUUUCAUCUACUGGCUAACCAAGUGAAGAUGUUGUUUAUUGUGCUGGGUAGCUUACGUUUAUGCUAUUAUAUACUCCUUGUCUAUUCGGUUAAGUCGUUUUUUACUUUAUUUUUUGGGGUAAUGUAUUGUUUAGUAGAUGGUGGCCCUUCAACAGAAGCAAAGCCUUGUAAAGAUGAUGUUACGCAUUAUAUAUAUUAAUUUGUCUGCCUUUUUUUGGGGGCU